AUGUCCACACUUGCAACCAUCCAUGAGGCAUCCACCGUUGAGAGCCAUGUCUUUCGCUCAAUCAAAAUCCGCAAUAAUCGAUCUUUGGUCGGCAAGUUUCAAAGCCUCUGCGAUUUUGACGGCGAGUUCUUCAAGCUGUUGGCUUUGCCGCUGAGUAACAAAGAGCAUGUUGCUAAAGGAAAUGGCCUAGACCCUCAAGCUCUGCUGUAA